CGGUACUCGGUAGUCGGUACACGGUAACACGAACAAAAUGAAAACGAGAAUUGGCAGGGAAAUUUAAAAUUGAAGAAAGUUUGCGUCUUCAAAAGCAGCAGAAGGCGUGCAAAAUCGCGGCGUGCGAAUGAGUGAGAAAGUCUAUUUGAAAGUUGUUCUUUUGGGCAAGGUAAACAGUGGAAAGACAUGCCUUGUGACGCGAUAUAUUACAGAUACAUUCAGCCCUGAACAGCCUUCGACAAUAGGGGCAGCAUUUUGCAGAAAGGACAUCAAUGUGGAAGGCCAACUCAUAUCGCUUGCUAUUUGGGACACAGCUGGAGCUGAAAGAUACCAAGCAAUGAGCUCUAUGUAUUACAGGAAUGCGAAGGCGGCUAUCAUUUGCUUUGACUUGUCAGAGAUAUCAAGUUUUGAGAAAGCAGAUUAUUGGGUUAAACAAAUAUUGGAAAAUGAACCGAAAUGUAAAAUAUAUAUUUGUGGUACAAAACUUGAUCUGAUUGAGGAUGAAAUAAAGACGAGAGCUGUUUCUAAAGAUUCUGUAGAAGGGUAUGCUAGAGGUCGCAGUGCUGAAGUUUUUGAAACAUCCAGUAAAACUGGAACAAAUAUUGGAGAAUUAUUUCAAAGGAUCUCCUAUAUCUUCUUGUCAAACAGCGACCUCUUACCUAGCAAACAAGGUACGAAAGGUCGUCUAACACUAAGUUCAUCCGACCGACCCACGAAAUCAUCGUGCUGCUGACCGCAAAACCUGUCUUGUGAUUUCUCACUGGAUAGACAACCAGGAGUCACUAAAACCACUUGACGAUUUUGCUUGCUGUCGACGGAAAAUUUCGCGGAAGGCAAAAUGGCAAAAUGUUCCCUUUGCUUUUGGGACAGAUUAUCGCGCUGCUAAAGCUGCUUAAAAUUGUAAAUUUGUUCUUGACAAUUCGCCGACAAAAUAUACCUGAAUUAUUGAACUUCCGGGGACCCCAGGGGAAUCUUCCUCGUUGCAUGAUUCUGGUUGCUCUGAGGUAUUGAAAUAAGUGAAUAAUACGAUCCGUGCACUGUCGUAGUCAUCCAGACAAUAGCAUGUGCUUGUUUGGUCUCAGCAAGACUUAUUUCAAUACCUCAAAAUCAUCUAACGCUUCGUUUUAUCUCGGGUAACGGGGGUCAGCCUGAAAUAUUCGAGGCUAAUGCUGCUUUGCUUGCCUCAAGAGUGAUUAAAUGACACCAAAUGCUGCAAAUGAUAAUGAAAUGCCAACUUGCUGCAAUAAUGGUGUCUUUAGUUAAACUAUACCACUACAAUCUAUGUAAAAAUCUAAUGACAUAUAAAUCUGGCCUUAACAGUAGGCUAUAAUUUAAAAACCUGCAACCAUCAUCUCAUCGCCCUGUUUUGAUGGUAUAUAGACCAAGGUUAUAUUAGGCACGGAUCUAUGUACACGAAGGUAUGCAAUCUACCUCGCUAAUUGAUAGAUAAUUAGUUCUAAUAAUAUAAUUAUAGAUAGUUUGUUAUAAAUGAAUUCGUGGGUGGAAUUUUGUAAUUUUCUCUAAAAACUUUAAUGAGAGAAAUAAAAUAUGC